AUGAAUGUUACUGGAGAAAGGAUUAGAUUUGAAGGCCUAGCUCCACCGGCUCCAACGACGGAGACGGCGAAUUUUCUAGGGGGGACGAUGGGGAGAAUUACAGUGAAUGAUGCUAAAAAAAAAUUGAGGUUUUCUCAGUUGGAGAAAGUGAGAUUGAGACUUAGAGAUAUGCCGAUGAACUCCAUUUCGUACUCUAAAUUUGUUGAGAUCUAUAGUGAAGUUUGUAGCAACAGAGAACAGGGUUUGGAGUUUGCAAAGAUGUUGGACGAUUCAGGCAGCGUCAUCGUUUUGCUCCGUCCCCAUCAGGUAAAAGUUGCACAGCUAUGGUGA